AUGGACCUUCAAUCAACCAAGAGGGGUAUCCAAUCUGCCGCUCCUUCCAACACGCUUCCCCUAGCGGGUAUCCGCGUUCUGGAAGUCGGACAGGUAAUCGCAGGUCCAUUUUGCGGUCAACUCCUGGGUCACUACGGCGCCGAGGUCAUAAAAGUGGAGCCUCCCGACGUUGGUGAUCCACUUCGCGUCUGGAGAGAGCUUGAUGUCGACGGUAUCAGCCCCUGGUGGCGAAGCAUUGCCCGAAACAAAAAGAGCGUCACCAUCGACCUGCGCAAAGAAGAGGGCCGCAACCUCGUGAAAAGGCUCGCAGUGACUAGUGAUGUCAUCCUCGAGAACUUCAAGCCCGGAACUCUCGAGAAGUGGAACCUCGGUCCGGACGACCUACAUCCCCUGAACCCAUCCCUCGUCUUCACGCGAGUGAGCGGCUACGGUCAGACCGGUCCCUGGUCCUCGCGCCCGGGGUACGCGUCCGUGUGCGAGGCCGAGUCCGGCUUCCGGUAUAUCAACGGACAACCGGACCCACAGACCGGGGCGCUCUCCGGACCUCCAGUGCGGCCGAACGUCAGCCUCGGAGACUCCGUGGCGGGCCUGCACGCGGCGUUUGGCACCGUCCUCGCGCUGUUGUCGCGCAAGAACCGGGAAGCGCAGGGCCUGCGCGGCGGCCAGACCGUCGACGUGAGCAUAUUCGAGAGCAUGAUUAACCUUAUGGAAGGCAUAAUCCCAGAGUACGACCGCAAGGGCAAGAUCCGUGGCCCGUCAGGCUCCUCGGUGACCGGCAUCGUGCCCACAAACGCCUACCCGUGCAAGCCCGCGCCCUCGUCCCCAGCGGCGCCCGCGUACGUCGUCAUCGGCGCGAACGCCGACUCCAUCUACGCCCGCCUCAUGCACGCCAUCGGCCGCGCGGACCUCGUCGGCCCCGACUACGCGCAGAACCACCACCGCGUCGCGCGCCAGGCCGAGAUCGAGGCCGCGAUCGCCGCGUGGACGGCGGGGCGCACGGCGCAGGAGGCCGAGGACGCCCUGAAGGCCGUCGGCGUCCCCGUCGGCCAGGUGCUCAACGUGCGCGACGUCGUCGAGAGCGAGCACACCAAGGCCCGCGGCCUCGUCGAGGAAGUCGCCGUCCCAGGCGCGGACGGCGGGGCGGGCUGGACCGUGAAGAUGAGCAAGGUCGUGCCCGUGCUCGAGGGCUGCGACGCGCCCACGCGCUGGGCCGGCCCGGAGCUCGGGCAGCACAACCGCGAGGUGCUCGUGGACGAGCUCGGACUCUCCGAGGGGGAGUUCGCGCGGCUGCAGGUGACCGGCGUUGUGGGAAAAUAA